GCAGGUCCUCCCUUGAACAUUUCAGUUUAUAUAACAGUUGUUUCAUUUGGUGCCAUAAAAGAAAUCAACAUGGUAAGUUACCACGAUAUUUUAACAAGUUGCAAAUAAGAUCAGCCAAUUUGGUUUUUCUAGAAAUGUUUGGGUACUAUUAUAGUGGUUAUAAAAAUCUUUCUAGCUAAUACAAAACAAGAAAGAAAAUCCAUAAAUUUUUUGCCGAAUUAAGAAACAAACUGACAAACAAACUAAACAAGCAAGGUAAAACAAAAACAGUUUACACCCGAUGCGUACUGUGAUAAUUAUGUGUUGUAAGGCAACAACAUUUCGGACUUAAAAUUAUUGCAACCGUCUAAUGCUUGUUUAACCAUUUUAAAAUCUAUGGCUGGUUUUUGAGAGUUCUUCUUCGAAAUGCAUGCAUGCAUGAAACAUUUGCUUAAUAUAAGUAUAUUAUUAUUGUCAUUAUAAUAAUUACUAUUUUAUAUCAGACAAUUGAUAUAUUCAAUUUUGCUCCAUUGACAAUUAAUUUGUCGAAAACCUACCUUAAAUUUUUUCUUCGACCGAAGUACCGUAUGAAUGAAAACAUUUCUAUUUGUGUUAUGUCUAAGGAAUUCAGCCUCGAUAUAUUUUUCAAGCAAGCCUGGAACGAUCCAAGAUUGGUCCACGAACUUAAAAAGCCGAUUCUACUCUCUGGAAGUGAUAAAAGCAAUUUUUGGCUUCCUGACACCUUCUUUUUAAAUGUAAAGACAGCAAAAUUCCAUCAUGUACCUGCAGCAAACAGCAGAAUUGCAAUAAACCCAAAUGGAGAUGUUGAACUCAGUGAAAGGUAUGGCGUGGAUGAUUUUCUGAUGGUUUUGUUAUUUUUAUUACAUACAGUGAAUUAGUUAUAGAAAAACAACUUAAUAUGUUACAGUAUUGAAUAAAAAGUGUAAUCGAAGAAGCUUUCAAUUGACUACUGGGCCAAUAAAAUGUAUUACUGAACUUAGCUCCAUAAUAUGCAAUCAUCGAUGAGAGUAGGCUUAAAGGGCAAACACAUGUCAAUUCAUUUACUAGUUUUCGCUGUGUUUAUUUUAGAAGGCAAAUAAGUACCACAGAAGGUUUUAAGAAUGAUGAUUUCAUUUUAUAUAUUUAACGAUGGUAUUUCCUUGAUAGCGUUGCUUAUAAUUUAUUAGUAUAUUUAGCAAUUUAUCUAUUUGUUUACCAACUAAGUGGAUCUUUCCUUUUUGAAGGUUGACAGUUUCUGCGUCCUGCAGAAUGGAUCUUAGAGACUACCCUCUGGAUACACAGACAUGCAUCCUCGAAAUUUUAAGUUGUAAGUAAUUUUAUACAGCUUCAUGGCAAGUAUCUUCUGCGUUUAAGGCUAAUUUAUCGAUCUUAUUAAAACCAAGCCUGCAUAAUAAAAUUUAAGAAAUUUGCGGAAAGUCAGAAUAUGUGUAAGAAUUAUAGUUGUUUACGAAACGUAAUGACGUCAUCUUUUCUCAUUGCUGCCAUUUACUUGCAUUUGCAUCAUGUGAUUUCUUAUGCCCAAAAUUCGCAGAAAUUAACCUGGGAUCAGAAAAAAAAUGCUAGUUAAGAGUGAUGAUGUUUGAAACUGAUGCAAGAAGACUAUGAAAACGUUUGGAAUAACAAGCCGAGUUUCGAAAAAUGUAUAAAUGUAUCGUAACGCCAAUCUGUUGACUUGCACCGAAAAGUCUUCAGACCAAGUCAUGGCUGGAAAUGUCCUUUUUUUUCUCCAAUUGCUCUGAAACUAUGAACUUCUCAACGCAGCCAUUUCCCUCCGUUUUAUAUCUCGAUAGGGUUGACGGUCCUCUCGUUCAAGCACUCUGACGACUUGCCAACGGUCUUCUCAGUUAUAUAAUAUAUUCCAUUUUCUUGAUAGAUUCUUACGAUAUAAAUGACAUGGAUUAUCACUGGGAUGACGCACAAGCGCUUAUCAUCUUGGAUGAUGAGAUGUCAGAGUUUGAGCUUGCCGAUGCCCAAAUUGAGAGGAAACUCGUGGAAUAUGUCAUAGGUAUCAUUUAUACAACAGUAUUUGUCAGGUCAAAGCUUUUCAUAAAUAUCCAUUAGAAUGUCUUAACUUAUAAUUAUAUUUUGAUACAUUUGGAUACAUUCUAAUCUUACAUUAUACUCUGAUACAUUAAAUUCGUGCCAUUUAUAAAGAGAUGUUUCUCAUCUUGAAUCGAAAACAUGUGCUGAAAAGUAAUAACGUAGGUUUAGGUACACUUUUGGAUAUUUACCGAAGGGAAAAUUAUAUACAUUGCGGAUUUUGUAACCAAUGGCCACAGGUGUCUUCUGCGAUUUUUCUUCCGUGAGUUGACUCGACUAGGAUUUGUUAUGCACCCUGCACGAUUUCGAUCAUUGCAAAUUAAACUGGACCACGAUUAUAACACAACGGAAAGCAAGAACCGGACACGAAACGAUGUGACUGUAACGGAGAUUUCUGACAAUACUAUGCAUGAUAGACUUAUAACUAAUACAAUUAUUUUCCAGUCAAAAAACUGACCUCUCCUAAACCGUUAUUGCAAGUGUCGGUAUGCUUUUUUUCCAAUGUGCACUCUUGGUUAUUUAGGUAACGACUAAUUUGAAUCCGGUAACAUCUAUCAAAUGAUAAACGUUGCCGGUAAAAACACUUGUACGGUCUGGGUCAAUAAUCUGAGACUUAUCAUGCCACUUCAAAGCUUCUUACUGGAUUAAAUAAUCGUAAUCUUGAUUCCUGAAAUGUCUGUCUCAACAAGACUCUGUUUGUGUCAUUUCCUUAUAUUUCAAUUAUUUAUAUUUAUUUUAAUUAUUUUUAAUAUUAUCUUUUUAUUUUUACAGGUACAUAUACUCACCUUGUGGCUAAGUUUGUCUUUCGAAGAAGGCUGGAGUAUUCAUUUAUCCAAAUUUACUCUCCGACAUUUCUUAUUGUGGUUCUCUCAUGGCUGUCGUUCUGGAUCUCUAAAGAUGCGGUCCCUGCAAGAGUUGCCCUUGGAAUAACAACAGUGCUGACUAUUGUUACACUCAUGGGUUCUCUCAGGAAUUCCGUCCCUAAGGUAUAUAGUCUACUUGCUUGCCUUUUACGGUGAUGUGCUCAUGACAAGCAAUGCCUGAGUUCUAGGUUACAACAACCUGCAGGCUACAACUAAAUCAGUUAAUAUUAUUUGCACAUUAUUUUUUCAAAAUAUUUCGGUUUGUGAUUGGUUUAAAUCCUCUGGCUAAUUCUUCAUAACUCGCUAGAGCUAGCGUUGACCACGUUUGGAAGAAAAGUAGCGGGAGAUUAAUCACUUUUGCGAAGAAGGAAUAACCAAACUUCUAGCUGUAAAAACAUAUUAAGGAUAGGAAAAAUACCACUCAUUGACAACUUCUAUUUAAAGAAUGUCUGUUGAAAAAAAAUCCCAUCAUAACAUGAAAAAGAGGAAAAGACAAAUGUUUUAAACACUAAAGUAUUUUUUUACAUAGAAUGUAAAUCGAGUUAAGGUGGCUGUCAUGUUUAAGCGUUUAAGCUACAUCACAAUUAAAGGAAAUUUGGGGAAAUUACUUCCACAGAUGACGGUAUUAGAUAAAGAUGAAUUGAAAUUUGUUAUGAUCAGGGUCAAUGGCGUUAGAGUUGUCAUAGCAACGAAAUGACGUCAUUCCUUUUUUUUUAAUAUUUUACUCGCAGCCGAAUUUAUCGGCACAUGGAUUAUAUUAUACUUCCAAAGUCUAUCAUGGAAGCCUUUUCCACUAAUAGCUUUCCCACUGUUUGUGAGGUUUUAAUGACAUUUUUAAGAGCGUCGGAGAUAUUCUGGGAUGAAGUGUUUUUGUUGGAAAUUCAGUUAAAACUGAAUAAUCUUGAUGUGCGGCCAUUAUCAUUAGAAAACGAAGCGCAGUUUGUAUCAAUCAUGACAAUACAGUCAACCCUUUGAUUAAGCAAGCACGGCCAAAAAUGCCAACAUUUAAUUACCUCUCAUUGGUCGCUUAAAAGUGGUUCUCGUUUUUGGUGUUUUGGAUAAGUCAGUGCUCAAGUUGGUAGCCUGUGCCAGGCUCUCAGAUAGUAUAGUGGGAACGUACUGAACGACUUUCCACCACCAUCUCGGAGCCUGGAACAGGCUAUCAAGUUGGCCGCUCACAAUGAUCCUUCACAUGGGAGAAUAGCCUGACAUUAGACAUUUGGCGACGCUACCACUGGUUUCCCCGGCAAAUGACGUUUGAGAAACGAGCGCAGAAAUUCCAUACUGAUGACACGUCAUUACCCGGAUCUGGGUAGUGCUUCUGAUUGGUUCAAUCAAAUUUCCCGCGCUGCACGACCAAUCAGAAGCACUACCCAGAUCUGGGUAGUGACGUGUCAUCAGUAUGGAAUUUCUGCGCUCGUUUCUCAGACCUCAUUUGGCGGGGAAACCAGUGUUAGCGUCGCCAAAUGUCGGCUGUUUUCUCAGGCUAAUGGGAGAACUGGCUGUAAUUUAAAACUCGCAUAUCUCUUUCAGGUUUCCUAUAUCAAAGCUAUCGACUCUUAUUUGAUAGUGUCGUUCAUUUUUGUCUUCGGUGUACUUCUGGAAUAUGUGGCAGUUCUCAUGCACAGCGAAAGGAAAAAAGCAAAAGCUAGAGGGAAGCGUUCAACAUCAAAAGACUAUUCUAUGGCAGAAAUGGAAAUAGAAACAUUUCACACCAAAGACUCUGAAGUAGUUCCUAGGUCACAUUCUUCGUAUAGUUUGCCGCCAAGACCUAAAUCAGCUCAUGGUUUUCCCCCUCGAUCACCUUCAUCCUACAGUUUACCUCAAAAAUCUGCUCUUCGAAACUCUUAUCCUAGACAGGUAAAGGUAAGCUAA